AUGAAUGUGUAAAAAUAAUAUAAAAUAAAGAAUUUGAAAGAACAAUUUAGUCCAAUAUAAAUUAUUGAAGUUCAAUACUAUAUCUUAAGAAGUAUUAGAGAAAAAAAUAUAAAUAGAAAUGUGAAUUCAAUUCCGUUAUUUAAGGAUGUAUUAUAUCUAAUUAAUAUUUAAGCCUUUCACACAAGAUAAUCAAUAAGACUUAUAUUAAAAUAUAAGCAAUAAUUUAAUUUUUGACCUUGUUUUAUCUAAUUUAGGUUUCAUUAUUAUUAGUAUAAUUUACUAAAGCUUUUUAUUAUUAAAUUAUAUUAAAGAUAAACUAGACUAUAUUUAAGCAAUUAUUCAGUGA